AGCCACCCCUUAUGCACGCCGCUGGCUGCCCAGCGCCGGCGAUCAGCUGUUUUACCGCGCGCGCCCCCGCGGCUCCGAAUGUGUGCGUGUGUGUGGCAUGUCUGCGCGAGCCACGAUCUUUGCGCGCGAGGUGGGGGCCGCAGGCGGCCGAGUCUGUGACUGUGCCGGUCGACCAAAGCAGUCGCUUGCGAGCAGCGCUCGUGCACGGUCGGAGGGAGAGAGUGGGAGAGCUUGUGGCCUGUCUCGUCGACGCUCGGCCGCCGCCGCGACGCCGCUGCUGCCGCCGCCAGCUUCUGGACUGCCUCCGGCGCUGUGGCCGUCGACGCCAAGCAGCGAUGACCAGGACGAUGACACCGUGCGACGUCUUACGUAGGCACACCUCCCGCUGACCGCCUACGCCGCGACGAUUUUUCCUCUCGCCAGGCGAAAACUACGACGUGUCAACAACAUUUUUGUUUUUUCUGUUUCCGUGUUUUCAUGUUCCGUGAAACCGCUUCUUGCAUUACCACUCUUCCGUUUCCCAGUGUUUGUUUUCUCCGUUUCUUUCAUCGUGGAUGUUUUGUUUUGGUGUAGCGAGUGACGAGCUAAUGUCAGUAAACGUACAUCCAAUCUGUCGGUAAAUUGGUGUGUGAUAUUUUACUAUCAUAUAUUUAGCCAUCACCUGAAAGCCGUGAAAAAUUUUUGAAAGUGGAGAGGAAAAAGAAAAGGCGCAGAAGGCUUUUUAAGCUUCAUGGAUAUGUGCUCUACGCUUCAACUAUUGUCGCAGAAUCAUCUUCCGGGAAAGGAAAUUUCGCCUGAAAUGGUGCCGCGGCCGCACUGAACAUGCGGGCGGCGCUGGUGCGCGUCGCGGCGCUGCUCUGGGUGGCGCUGCACGCCGCCGCAUGGGUCAACGACGUCAGCCCCAAGAUGUACGUCCAGUUCGGUGAGGAACGGGUGCAACGCUUCCUCGGCAAUGAAUCGCACAAAGACCACUUCAAGCUGCUGGAGAAGGACCACAACUCGCUCCUCGUAGGAGCUAGGAACAUCGUCUACAAUAUCAGCCUUCGAGACCUCACAGAAUUCACCGAGCAGAGGAUCGAGUGGCACUCGUCAGGUGCCCAUCGCGAGCUCUGCUACCUCAAGGGGAAGUCAGAGGACGACUGCCAGAACUACAUCCGAGUCCUGGCGAAAAUUGACGAUGACCGCGUACUUAUCUGCGGUACGAACGCCUAUAAGCCACUAUGUCGGCACUACGCCCUCAAGGAUGGAGAUUAUGUUGUAGAGAAAGAAUAUGAGGGAAGAGGAUUGUGCCCAUUUGACCCUGACCACAACAGCACUGCAAUAUACAGUGAGGGACAAUUGUACUCAGCAACAGUGGCAGACUUCUCUGGAACUGACCCUCUCAUAUACCGCGGCCCUCUAAGAACAGAGAGAUCUGACCUCAAACAAUUAAACGCUCCUAACUUUGUCAACACAAUGGAGUACAAUGAUUUUAUAUUCUUCUUCUUCCGAGAGACUGCUGUUGAGUACAUCAACUGCGGAAAGGCUAUCUAUUCAAGAGUUGCCAGAGUCUGUAAACAUGACAAGGGCGGUCCUCAUCAGUUUGGUGACAGAUGGACUUCUUUUUUGAAAUCACGUCUGAACUGUUCCGUCCCUGGAGAUUAUCCAUUUUACUUCAAUGAAAUUCAGUCAACAAGUGACAUCAUUGAAGGAAAUUAUGGUGGUCAAGUGGAGAAACUCAUCUAUGGUGUCUUCACGACACCAGUGAACUCUAUUGGUGGCUCUGCUGUUUGUGCCUUCAGUAUGAAGUCAAUACUUGAGUCGUUUGAUGGUCCAUUUAAAGAGCAGGAAACGAUGAACUCAAACUGGUUGGCAGUGCCAAGCCUUAAAGUGCCAGAACCAAGACCUGGACAAUGUGUGAAUGACAGUCGUACACUUCCUGAUGUGUCUGUCAAUUUUGUAAAGUCACAUACACUGAUGGAUGAGGCCGUGCCAGCAUUUUUUACUCGGCCCAUUCUCAUUCGGAUCAGCUUACAGUACAGAUUUACAAAAAUAGCUGUUGAUCAACAAGUCCGAACACCAGAUGGGAAAGCGUAUGAUGUCCUGUUUAUAGGAACUGAUGAUGGCAAAGUGAUAAAAGCUUUGAACUCUGCCUCCUUUGAUUCAUCUGAUACUGUAGAUAGUGUUGUAAUAGAAGAACUGCAAGUGUUGCCACCUGGAGUACCUGUUAAGAACUUGUAUGUGGUGCGAAUGGAUGGGGAUGAUAGCAAGCUGGUGGUUGUAUCUGAUGAUGAGAUUCUGGCAAUUAAGCUUCAUCGUUGUGGCUCAGAUAAAAUAACAAAUUGUCGAGAAUGUGUGUCCUUGCAAGAUCCUUAUUGUGCAUGGGACAAUGUAGAGUUAAAAUGCACAGCUGUAGGUUCACCAGACUGGAGUGCUGGAAAAAAACGCUUUAUUCAGAACAUUUCACUCGGUGAACAUAAAGCUUGUGGUGGACGUCCACAAACAGAAAUCGUUGCUUCUCCUGUACCAACUCAGCCGACGACAAAAUCUAGUGGCGAUCCCGUUCAUUCAAUCCACCAGGCUGAAUUUGAACCUGAAAUUGACAACGAGAUUGUUAUUGGAGUAGAUGACAGCAACGUCAUUCCUAAUACCCUGGCUGAAAUAAAUCAUGCAGGUUCAAAGCUGCCUUCCUCCCAGGAAAAGUUGCCUAUUUAUACAGCGGAGACUCUGACUAUUGCUAUAGUUACAUCAUGCCUUGGAGCUCUAGUUGUUGGCUUCAUUUCUGGAUUUCUUUUUUCUCGGCGAUGCAGGGGAGAGGAUUACACAGACAUGCCUUUUCCAGAUCAACGCCAUCAGCUAAAUAGGCUCACUGAGGCUGGUCUGAAUGCAGAUUCACCCUAUCUUCCACCCUGUGCCAAUAACAAGGCAGCCAUAAAUCUUGUGCUCAAUGUCCCACCAAAGAAUGCAAAUGGAAAAAAUGCCAACUCUUCAGCUGAAAACAAACCAAUACAGAAAGUAAAAAAGACAUACAUUUAGCAGAAAUCUUUGGUAUCUGUUUUGGUGCAGACCCAUGCCACUAGAGUAACCAAGACUCUAUUGAGAAAUGUCCUCAAGAAAGUUAAAAAGAUGUAGACUUCUGUAAUCAAGAGCACCACUUUCCAUAGUAAUACAGAACAAUAUGAAAUAAAUACUACAGAAGAAGUCUUUGUUACACAAAAAAGUGUAUAGUGAUCUGUGAUCAGUUUCUGCUAGUGGUGAUUGUGGUUGUGGGAACAGAUGUGCGAUUUUUUUAAAGAUGAACUUGACAAAGCAGGAAAUGAAGACUAGUUUUUAGAAUUGAUCAGUGGCACUAUUAUCCUAGAGAUGAAUUGCAAGAAACUUAACAAAGGCAGCUAUUUGUAGGAGGUUAUAAAAGCAAGUUCAUGAUUUACCUACAUUGUUCUAAAUUAGCUACUCUAAUGUCAGAUGGAAGUUUAAUACAUUCCACUCAGAAUCACAGAGCUUUUGUAGCAAAGAUUGCCUUACAUGUAUGUGGUAUGGUAAAUUAUGAAACUUUCAUAUGUUGCAUCUAAGUGACUCUAAUAGGAGUGCUUAAACGUCGGUGCUGAAUAGUCAGCAGAUAAAAACUUUGUGCUUUCUAAAGUAGGCACAUUGGUAAUCAAGAGUGAAAAAUCUUAAGACAUGGAGUCAGGUGUAUAAAAUGCAGAGUUUCAGAAACCUGCCACAAACUAUAAUUUUUGUGAAGCACUACCCAAUAGAAUUUAGAUAAGAAAAGCUCAGAAUUAUGUAUAUUUCAGUGCAGUGAAUACUCUGUUAGACUUGAAAAUGGGACAUUUUAUUCUCCUGACUGCAUCACGUUAAACAAAUGUCAACCCACCCAAAACUUCCAGUAUUGUUUAAUGUGCAUAUAGUUUAAUCCGGCCUGUACAAAUUAGUGCUAAGAAUCUCUGUUUCAUGUAUUAGUUCAAUCUCCAUGCUACAUGUGCUACAUUAUAAAUGUGAAAAGACUGAGAGCUGGAAAAUAUUAUUUGUAUAUAAUUGAAUGUACAUAUUUAAGUGACACAUUGUUAAUAUUACAUUAAUAAGAAUCCAGUGGCACUGAUUCUGUGAGAAACCAUCAGUGUGUGUUUUGAGGCUUUUGUGUCAGCACUUUGAGGCAAUGUCUUUGCCAUCAGAACUUAGAAAAGACAUCAAAAAGAAUCUUUUCUAGGAUUGUGCAUGCCAGAAAUGAUGAUUUCCUGCAUGCAUGAGAAAUUUUUGGUCAGAUAUCCUUAACUCAUUGCAGUAUAUUUGUAAACAACCUGACAAUAUGAAGUUAAUGAUAUGCAAUGUUUUGGCGCAAUUGUGUGGAUAUUUUUAUAUAACUGUAUGUUAUUAUGAUUGUUAAGUUGAAGAAAAUAAUAAUAUGAGACCAUAUUGUCAAUAUUUUGAUUCAUAUAGAACACUUUAAAUUUGCUUCAUUGUGCAUAGAAUUAUCAUUGUGACAAGUGGAAGAAAAAUCAGCUCAGUUUCAGAUAGUAAUAGUUUCUUUUACUAUCAGUUUAUGUUGUUCAAACAUGGCAGAAAAUCUUUCCCUCAUAUUGCAUUUGACACGUCUGUUACAAUUUUUCUACACUUGUUUGUAAGUUUUAUUUUACAUGUCAGAGGGUAGUUAAUAAGUAGAUAUACUUUUCUCAAGUUUUGGAUUUUGCAAUAAUCUCACUGAUUCAUGUAAGCAAUUCCUGUGUGGAGUGAUGUAUAAGAAAUACAACUUUGUUAAUGUACUGAGAACUUCAUUGCCAUCAGCAGUGUUAAGUUUCAUUAAGAGUCAGGAACCAUUGCUGACAGCAAUAAAUUAGUGCUUAUAUUUUUGUGCCUAUUCCGUGAUGGCUUUUUAAAUGCCAGUAAAUGUCAUAUAAUAUAGUGUCAGAAAUCUUUUUAUGGGUGUAUGGUUUCUUAGUGGUUAACAGUUCUUUAUUUUUAAAUGAUGAAAACUCUUAAGCUCAUAAGUGGGUAAGAGAGACGAACACAACUGCAGCAGUUAAACUCAUAGAAUAUUAAAUUUCAGUUAAGGUAUGAUACAGGUAUAAUUGUUUUGUAAUUUGAUUAUUGUCAAAUGAGACUCUACCAUAACUUGUCACACAUACUUCUGAGACCUCAGUAAACACUUCAACUAACACUGUAAUGCUUUCUGUGCUUUAUUAUUAUGGCUAUUGUGACUGUAGAAGCGAAUAAGAUAACCUACUCCAGAACUGUUUUACUAAAGUUUUGAAUUUUGAUUUUAUUCAUAUUUUUGACUGGCUUGGUGAGCUUCAUUUCCUGCUUGUAAACUUCAUAAAGUGACUUCUAAAAAAUGUGAGCCCUGUUAGAUAACCUAUGUUAAUGUGAUCAAAAGAAACUAGCAUAUGUGAUAGUUGACAUUGUUACAUAAUAAUUCAGUAUGAACCUUAGUGAGUGAGAUAUUGGAUAUGUCUAGCCACAAAUUUGAAAUCUUGAGAGUAUAACUUACUGAAAUAAGUGUGUAGCUCACAUCAUUUACAUAACGACAUAAGAUGUAUUUAAAUCAUUUAUUGUUCGAUAUUUGGAAAAUGGUUGACUAGUUAAGAUAUGUUUCACUUCAUAAACAUUCUGGAAGCAGGUUAUCUUCAUGUAGUAUUAAGUGAUAUUACAACACAAGCUUUAUGCCACAUACUUGUUAUAUCACAGCUGGUAUUUCUAUUUUCAUUAGUUUUACUAUUAUGUUUUGAUUCAAUGCAGAUAUUUGUUUAUACAAAAAUUUCUUUUAAAUAACUUAAUCUGCAGUAAACAUAGAACUAAAUUAUAAGAAUAAGUCAUAAUUCUGUCAUAAAAUAGCAGAUCUUGUGAUUGUGGUACAGUCAAAUCGCACAGACAUUAAAUAAGUAUUUCUUGGUUUGAAGACAGAUCAGGAUUACAGAAAAUGUGCACAGUAAGAAAUAAAGUAUGCAGAAUGAGAAGUUUGUUUACAUUAUAUCAGUAGUUAAGAUGCUGAAACAGUAUAUAUUCUAAAAAAAUACAACUCAUGUAUCUUAUAACUGUAAAAAGUCUUGUUUUUGAUAUUAAAAUAUAAAUUACAAAAACAGUGGUUUGUGGCUGAUUAAGAUCCAGUGGAGAUAUCAUUGCUGAGUUUUUUUAAUGUGCAAGACAAUGAAGUGAUUUGCAGAGUAUAAUUAACAGAUUAUGAUGUAAACAUUCUAAAUAAUUCCUCUGAUUUUUACCUGGAAUUCACUGAGAAAUACUUUCCUUUGAGCAGUGUAUAAAAUGCCCAUCUCUUUGAAAUGUCUCGGUGACAAAUUUCAGACUAAGAUUUAAAUAAAACUUGCUUAUAUUUAGAACUUUCCUGGCACAGAUAUUCAAUACUAUUUCUAUUUUCCUAUGCUUAAUACUUACAUUAAAUUAAAACAAAAUGAUGAUUGGUCAGAUGUGUAGCAAAACUGUAUUAAUUUGAGGUUUUGUAUAUGAAUGUUAUAACAAUAUUGCAAUUUAUUAAAUUUAUAUGAAGGAGAAUGAAAAUGAAUAAAACAAACUAUCUUUGA